AUGGGGCGGAGGGGUCAGAUAGCGGAGUCGAUAUCAGUAUUGGAGCAGUCGGAUCAGGUAUAUGACAAUGGCCGUGAUGAUCUCAUCACAGAGUUGACGAACCUUGGCGUCAGUGAUGAGCAUAUUGCAUUGAUUGGUCUGGGAGGCAUGGGAAAGAGUUCUCUUGCCAAGGCUAUCCUCAACGAGUCCCUUGUCAUCGAGAAAUUUGCUCAUAGGCGCUUCUUCGUGACAUAUGAUGGCCUCGAUCCUUCCACCAUUACGUUUGACACUUUUGUGACUCAUUUCGCGGGAGUUCUUGCCAUGCAGCUUGCUGAAGCUGAUCCUGUAGGCCAAAUAUCUUCCUUUCUUUGUUUUGCUAGCGCCCUCAUUGUCCUCGAUAAUGCUGAGACCUUCGAGGAGGCCAGUGGAUCAUCGGCACUCAGGGAAAUACCACCAGCUAUUGCCGACAUUGCAAACAUCCCCGGCGUUGUUCUGAUUCUUACAUUGCGUAGUAGAAGGAAUGCACCGAAUGUGCAAUGGAUAACGAAGGAUAUUCCACCACUGGACUUGAGCUCCGCUCAAGCGGUGUUCUUUCAAAUAUAUCAUAACACUGGUCGUAGUGAUGCUGAAGAAGACAUCAAGGACCUGCUCAGGGAAUUGGAUUUUCACCCCCUUUCCAUCAACCUACUCGCAAAUGCUACUCAGCAAAAUGGCUGGUCUCCAGCGACACUGCUAAAGAGAUGGGACAAUAGACACAGCGCAGUACUAAAACACAGCAAGGGGAAGCUGCAAAGCUUGUCACUCACCAUGCAGCUAUCGCUGAGCUCGCCGUUGGUUGAGAAACCCGGAGAGGAUGGUUAGCAUGCUCUGGUCGCUAUCGCUUUCUUGCCCCAGGGCCUCAAUGAAACACUGGCUGGUGAUUUGUUGCCAUUGUUCCUGCAAAUCGAUACCAUAUGUGAUGUCCUAUGCAGGCAAUCUCUCGUUUACC